CACAUUUAAAAUAACUCUUCAUUCACAUUAAAAAAGAAAAAAGAAAAAAUGGCAGAAGAAGUGAUGAACAACAAACAGAUCAUUCUAAAACAUUAUGUGGAAGGUUAUCCUAAAGAAUCUGAUAUGGAAUUUAAGAAUAACAGCAUUAAAUUGAAUGUUCCAGAAGGUUCUAAUGUUGUUGUUUUGAAGAAUCUUUAUUUGUCUUGUGACCCUUAUAUGCGUAACCGCAUGAGCAAACUUGAGGGUAGCUAUGUUGAAUCCUUCACUCCUGGUUCUCCUAUCACGGGAUAUGGAGUGUCUAAAGUUUUGGAGUCUGGUGAUCCAAACUUCCAGAAAGGUGACUUAGUUUGGGGAAUGACUGGAUGGGAGGAAUAUAGUAUUGUAACAGCUACUCACAGUUCUCUGUUGAAAAUUAAUCAUGACAAGGAUGUGCCUCUUUCAUACUAUACAGGAAUCCUUGGGAUGCCUGGGAUGACAGCUUAUGCUGGUUUCUAUGAGAUUUGCUCUCCUAAGAAGGGAGAAAAUGUCUUUGUUUCAGCUGCUUCUGGAGCAGUUGGUCAACUUGUUGGACAAUUUGCAAAGAUGUUAGGUUGCUAUGUUGUUGGUAGUGCUGGAACCAAAGAAAAGGUUGAUCUGUUGAAGAACAAGUUUGGUUUUGAUGAAGCUUUUAACUACAAAGAGGAACAGGAUUUAGAUGCAACUUUGAAGAGGUACUUUCCUGAUGGAAUUGACAUCUAUUUUGAAAAUGUUGGAGGGAAGAUGCUUGAUGCAGUUCUUUUGAAUAUGAAACUCCAUGGUCGUAUUGCUGUGUGUGGGAUGAUCUCACAAUACAAUCUUAAAAAGACUGAAGGAGUCCACAAUUUGUUCAACGUUAUAGCAAAACGAAUCCGCAUGGAAGGAUUUCUUGUUUUUGAUUACUAUCAUCUUUAUCCUAAAUAUCUGGAAAUAAUUAUUCAACAAAUAAAGGCCAAAAACAUUGUGUAUGUGGAAGACAUAGCUGAAGGUCUCGAAAGUGCUCCCAAUGCUCUAGUUGGUCUCUUCUCUGGUAGCAAUGUUGGAAAGCAAAUUGUGAUGGUUUCGCGUUAAUGAAUGGGUUCGACUCUUUUUUAUUUUCCUCAAGUUCUUAUUUAGUAGGAACAUUUUUU